AUGUUAAAUGUGAGCCUUGUGACAACGUUCUUCCUCACGGGACUUCCCCAUGCUCCAGCGCUGGACACCAUGCUCUUUGGCAUCUUCCUGGUCAUUUACAUUCUCACUGUGCUGGGGAACCUCCUCAUCCUGCUGGUGAUCAGGGUGGAUUCCCACCUCCACACCCCCAUGUACUACUUCCUCACCAACCUGUCCUUCAUUGACAUAUGGUUCUCCACUGUCACAGUGCCCAAAAUGCUGAUGACCCUGGCCACCCCAGGCGGUGGGGCCAUCUCCUUCCAUAGCUGUGUGGCCCAGCUCUAUUCCUUCCACUUCCUGGGGAGCACCGAGUGUUUCCUCUACACUGUCAUGUCCUAUGAUCGCUACCUGGCCAUCAGUUACCCGCUCAGGUACUCCAGCAUGAUGAGGGGGAGAGUGUGUGCCCUCCUGGCCGCGGGCACCUGGCUCAGUGGCUCCUUGCACUCUGCGGUCCAGACCACCCUGACGUUCCGCUUGCCCUACUGUGGGUCCAACCAGGUCCAGCAUUACUUCUGUGAUGCUCCACCCAUCCUCAAGCUGGCCUGUGCGGACACCUCAGCCAAUGAGAUGGUCAUCUUUGUGAACAUUGGGGUGGUGGCCUCGGGCUGCUUUCUGCUGAUAGUGCUGUCCUAUGUGUCCAUUGUCUGCUCCAUCCUGAGGAUCCGCACCUCAGAGGGCAGACACAGAGCCUUUCAGACCUGCGCCUCCCACUGCAUCGUGGUCCUUUGUUUUUUCGGCCCUGGUCUUUUCAUCUACCUGAGACCUGGCUCCAAAGAUGCUUUGGACGGAAUUGUGGCUGUCUUCUACACUGUGCUGACACCUCUUCUCAACCCUGUUGUGUACACCCUGAGGAACAAGGAGGUGAAGAAAGCUCUGUCAAAGCUGAAAAAUGGAUCAGUGUUUAUUCAUAAUAAAUAA